AUGAAAGGGCAAACCGAUGCGGCCAAGGUCUUGUUAGAGUCGGGAAGCGUUGAUGUUAACUCAAAGGAUGCAAUUGGGCGGACGCCGCUCUCGUGGGCCGCGAUAAAUAGGAAAGCCGGCAUCGUUAGGCUGUUACUAGGGUCGGGGAACGUCAAUGUUAACUCAAGGGAUGACCUUGGUCGGACCCCACUUCUAUGGGCUGUCAUUAAUAAAGACAUAGAGGUUGCUAGGUCGUUAUUGGAGUCAGGGAACACCGAUGUUAACCCAAGGGAUGACCUUGGUCGGACCCCACUUCUAUGGGCUGUCAUUAGUAAAGACAUAGAGGUGGCUAGGUCGUUAUUGGAGUCAGGGAACACCGAUGUUAACUCAGGGGAUGACCUUGGCCAGACCCCGCUUUGGUGGGCAGCUGAGGAAGGGUGCGAAGUCAUGCUGGUUCUACUUCUCAAACACGGUGCUAAACGUGAGUUGAGGGAUUGUUGCAGGCACACGCCACUUUGGCGCGCUAUCUCUGGGGGCCAUCAUGUAAUAAUUGGGCUUCUGAUUGAGGAGAGCGUCACCGAGCUUAGCCAACAGGAUGCCAGUGAAAUCACCCUCAUUCUAUCUGCAGCGGAGCAAGGCGAUGCGGAUUUAGUGAAGCGGCUUUAG